CGUUCUUCCCUAAUCUUGGACAUUCUAAACACUAGCACUAGCUCUUAUGAGAGAAAUCAUCAGUCUUCACGUCGGCCAGGCAGGCAUUCAAAUCGGUAACGCCUGCUGGGAAUUGUACUGCAUGGAGCACGGUAUCAACCCAGACGGUCGCAUCACAGACGAAAGCCAACUGUACAACAACUCCUUUGGGACAUUCUUCAGCGAAACCAGCGGAGGAAAACAUGUUCCACGUACCGUGUUUGUUGAUCUAGAGCCCACUGUGGUCGACGAAGUUCGCACCGGAACCUAUCGUCAGCUCUUCCACCCUGAACAACUCAUCACCGGCAAGGAGGAUGCCGCAAACAACUAUGCUCGUGGUCACUACACCGUCGGUAAAGAGCUUGUUGACACCGUUUUGGAUCGUAUCCGCAAGCUGGCAGACAACUGCUCUGGUCUGCAGGGUUUUCUGGUCUUUCAUUCUUUUGGUGGUGGAACUGGGUCUGGCUUUGGUGCACUGUUGAUGGAACGUCUGUCAGUUGACUAUGGAAAGAAAUCCAAGCUUGAGUUUUCCGUCUAUCCUGCCCCUCAGGUGUCAACAGCUGUUGUCGAACCUUACAACUCCAUUCUAACCACACACACCACCCUGGAACAUGCAGACUGUUCCUUUAUGGUCGACAAUGAGGCCAUUUACGACAUCUGUCGUCGCAACCUUGACAUUGAGCGUCCCACUUAUCAGAAUCUUAACCGCCUUAUUGCCCAGGUUGUGUCGUCCAUCACAGCCUCUUUGCGCUUUGAUGGUUCUCUCAACGUAGACUUGACCGAAUUCCAGACCAACUUGGUCCCUUACCCCCGUAUCCACUUCCCUUUGGUUACAUAUGCUCCUAUUAUAUCGGCUGCCAAGGCCUACCACGAACAGCUGUCUGUGUCCGAGAUCACCUAUUCGUGCUUUGAGCCAAAUAACCAGAUGGUCAAGUGUGACCCCCGUAAUGGCAAGUACAUGGCCUGUUGUUUACUUUAUCGUGGUGACAUUGUUCCCAAAGACACAAAUGCAGCCAUUGCAUCGAUUAAAACCAAGCGCACCAUCCAGUUUGUCGAGUGGUGCCCUACUGGUUUCAAGGUUGGCAUCAACAACCAGAAGCCGACUGCAGUUACUGGCGGUGAUCUGGCAGAGGUUCAGCGUGCAGUCUGCAUGCUCGGAAACACUACCGCAAUUGCGGAGGCAUGGGCCCGUCUUGACCACAAGUUUGAUCUCAUGUACGCUAAGCGUGCAUUUGUGCACUGGUACGUCGGUGAGGGCAUGGAAGAAGGCGAGUUUUCGGAAGCACGCGAAGACUUGGCUGCCCUUGAAAAGGAUUACGAAGAGGUUGGCAUGGACACCCUUGGAGAGUCGGAGGUCGAAGAGGAACAUGAAUAUUAAAUCCAUACACAUUCGCAUACAUAAUCUUUGGAUAUUUUUAUUCUACUUUAGCUUAAAGCGUAAAGUGUAGAGUGUAAAGCAUAAAACAUAAAGCGUAAAGAAUAAAGCGUAAAGAAUAAACAAACGAAUCAUAAUAAAUCAAAAAAUAAAUAAAUCAAUAAAGGAAAUCUCAGUAAAAAG